GGUGCCGAUGAUCAAAACAACGCAAGAAGCCAAGAAGGGCAUCAUUCAUUGAACAAAAGUUUAUGUAAUGAUAGGACACUACAUCAAUUGGUUAAUUGAUAAAGAAUAAUGUUCUGCGAAGUAGGUGAUUAUUCCUCUAUUAAGCUGAAAGUCGCCAGAGUAGACCAUAAUUAUACGAACAAAAUGAAACUGUAUGACUACCAACUAAGGCAAAGCUCACCAUUCCAUGUAAUCGAUUUUCUCGCUCUCUCUCUCUCACCAAACACCCCUAAGCUUUCUCUCUCAGGAAUUUGCUGCUAGAGAUUUGGUGAUUUGGGGCGUUAUUGGAAGAGAUUGUAAAUGCAGAGACCAACGACGGACGCAAUUAGCAUGGGGAAAAGGAGCCUGGAGAGUGGAGAAGAUGACCAGCCUGAACGAAAGAGGCCUGCUCUUGCCAGUGUAAUUGUGGAAGCUCUCAAGGUGGAUAGUUUGCAGAAGCUUUGCUCAUCUUUAGAACCUAUUCUUCGUAGAGUUGUGAGUGAAGAAGUGGAACGAGCUUUGGCAAAGUUAGGUCCUGCAAGACUUAGUGGAAGGUCUCCUCCUAAAAUGAUUGAAGGCCCUGAUGGUAGAAGCUUGCAGCUGCAGUUUAGGUCCAGGCUGUCUCUUCCCCUGUUCACCGGUGGAAAAGUGGAAGGCGAGCAGGGGGCUCCAAUUCAUGUUGUUGUGAUUGAUGCCAAUAGUGGAAAUGUUGUAACAUCUGGAGCUGAAUCCUGUGUUAAACUUGAUGUUGUCGUCCUUGAAGGUGAUUUUAACAAUGAAGAUGAUGAAGAUUGGACUCAAGAAGAAUUUGAAAGCCAUGUGGUGAAAGAACGUGAAGGAAAGAGACCUUUGUUGACUGGGGACCUGCAAGUGACACUCAAGGAAGGAGUUGGAACCUUAGGGGAACUGACAUUUACAGAUAAUUCAAGCUGGAUUAGGAGCCGUAAGUUCAGGCUUGGCCUGAAGGUUGCAUCAGGUUUUUGUGAGUCCAUACGCAUUCGGGAAGCUAAGACAGUGGCUUUCACUGUUAAAGAUCAUAGAGGAGAAUUAUAUAAGAAGCAUUAUCCUCCUGCAUUGAGUGAUGAAGUGUGGAGAUUGGAGAAGAUAGGCAAGGAUGGCUCAUUUCACAAGAAGCUGAAUAAUGCUGGAAUACUCACAGUUGAAGACUUUCUUCGACUUGUGGUUAAAGAUCAACAGAGAUUGCGGAAUAUCCUUGGAAGUGGGAUGUCAAACAAGAUGUGGGAGGCUCUCCUAGAACAUGCAAAAACAUGUGUUCUAAGUGGGAAGCUCUAUGUUUAUUAUCCAGAGGAUACAAGAAAUGUUGGCGUCAUUUUUAACAACAUCUAUGAGCUGCGUGGACUUAUAUCAGGAGAACAAUUCUUUUCUGCUGAUUCUCUGACUGAUAGCCAGAAGGUUUAUGUAGAUUCAUUGGUGAAGAAGGCAUAUGACAAUUGGGAUCAGGUUGUGGAGUAUGAUGGCAAAUCACUUGUGAAUGCAAACCAAAAUAAUAGGUCUGUUGCAUCUGAAAAUGAACUUCGUGUUGAGUCAAUUGAUUAUGGCAGUGGUUUAGAUCAUCAACUGCAAAUGCCGGCCCUCCCAGUGUCUGUUCCUUCUGAACAGGAAAUGAAUUCUGGGAUGGCAGUUGGAGGUUAUGAUGAUAACAUGGUAACAAGAUAUCCAACCCAGUCACUGAUUUCGAACUCCAACUCCCGGAGUCAGUUUGAGAGCUCAUUAUAUCUGUCUAAUGAUCAAUUAAUCAGCAAUGCUCACCAAACCCCAAGCACCAGGAAUGAUCAUGGCAUGGUUGGGUUAGCUCUUGGUCCUCCUCAAUCAUUGACAUCAGGGUUCCAUGCUGGUAGCUCUUCUGUUCAGCCAUCUACUCUAAAUCCUUUUGAUGACUGGUCACACAACAGGGACAGGGGGGUUGACGAAUUCUUUUCAGAAGAAGAAAUUCGUAACAGAAGUCACGAGAUGCUAGAGAAUGAAGAUAUGCAGCACUUGCUUCGCCUCUUCAGCAUGGGAGGUCAUGCUUCCAUGAAUGCUGAGGAUGGCUAUUCAUUCCCAUCAUUCAUGCCAUCUCCCAUGCCAAACUAUGAUGAGGAUCGCUCCCGCCCAGGCAGAGCUGUUGUGGGAUGGCUGAAGAUCAAGGCAGCAAUGAGGUGGGGCUUCUUUAUCAGGAAGAUAGCAGCUGAGAAGCGGGCACAGAUAGAGGAAUUAGAUGAAUAGGUUGUUUGGACUAUGGUUGCAGGCUUAACAAAUAGCCUUAAGAUUAUACUGAUAUUCUGCAAAUUUAGUUGUCUUCAUCCGUGCCAACCAAAUUGUGCAGUCCAUGGUAUUGACAUUCUUGAUUUAUGCAUCUGUAUCUGAUUUGACAGCGCCUUUGUCCAGUGUCCUGUUGUACAGUGUGUUGAAGUUUAGGAAGAACCGUGAUUGACAUUUGUUUAUCCAUUGGCUUUGGGUUUUAGGGAUGUUGUGUUUACGGAACACCUGUUAUAUUUGCGAUGAUAGCCCAGAUUUGUCAUCUCACUUAAUGUAUAUUAAUUAUGAGCCACUUAAUUUUCUAGUUGUAUUAUCAGUUAUUAUCUUUUCAUCACCCGUGGAUUUCUCCUGCACUGUAAACUUUAAUUUUUAGAGACUCGUGGGUGUCAAUACCAAAUUUACACUUCUUAUCCUUCUCUCUCUCUUUUUAUGUACAUCAUGUCAUUCCUAUAUUUAUCAUUUCUCUCAUUUUCUUUUCUCUUAAGUGUAGACACUCGUGGCAUGUCUACCAGCAAAUAAACUUCUAGGUUAGUUCAUAAGAUUGAGAGCUCCUGGAUAAAUUAGUAUUGAGAUUGAAUUCAUUACAUUUUGGCGCGCUGGAUUGUCGUCGGCAAGUUGAUCUCCGACUAGUAGAGGAAGGAAAGAAUAAUGUGAAAUGAUUUCGUUUUAAUUAACGUGACGAAAACUAGAUACGUUGAUCCGUAGCAGUAGCGGAACCGAAUAAUGUACGAAAUAAUCCCACUCGAAAGUUCAGGGUCGUAGUACCUUAUCUGAAUCCGUGUGUGCCAUAGACUUUUAUUGAAUUGCUUUUGAUUUAUUUUACCUCUUUCUUCUUUUUUUUUCUCCAGGUCUUCUAAAAUAAAAACUGCAGGGAAAUUUAAUAGAGAAAAGAAUCUUCUUUUAUUAUAAAAUGGAUAUACAUAUACCUCUUAAGAAUGGCCUUAAUUGUUAACAUAGUGAUUACAGAAGAGGAAACAAAUGAAAGAAUUAAACUCAAUAGCAUGCAUCAAUAAACCAAUAUUUGAAUUCUACUGAUUAUAGAAAAAUAUAACGAAUGUGCUGCUCUAUUUUCUCUUUAAGAGGCGUUGCAUUCUGGAGGAAGACCCUGUGGAAAGCGCUUUGUGUCUGUACAGUAAUUGUAUAUUAUGUAGUUCUUCUGCACCCACUUUAACCUCUCUUGGCCUGUAGCAUCCAACUGCUGUGAAAGCCAGGAGCUGCUAGUAUCAGCAUUAGAUGUAGAACUUGAAGAACCACAAGAUGAUGCUCCAGAAGACCAAACGCAAGCAUUAGCAUUAAAAUUUCUGUAGGAAGAUGUGAAUGGAGCUUGUGUCCAAUCUGUCUUGACAAGUCCACCUCUUGUUGCCCAAUCAUCUGCAUUCCACAAACUAGAAUAUAUUCUCAUGGGCUGGUUCUUUGGGAAGGGGACACCAAUAUUCUCUGAGUUCUUGAACUCUCUAAUGGGAGUGCCAUCAACCGAGAAUCUGAAUUAAGAGCAAAGGAAAUAGUUAGUCCGUGCAUGACGACAACAUAGGGUGGAGAAAAAGGAAAGAGAGUGGUAAAUGGGUGAAUUAGGACAUACAUUAUACGCUGAGGAUUCCAUGUUAUAGAAUAAGUGUGGAAAUCAGCAGUUGGGUCGAACCAUAGAUAGAAUUGUUGUUCCCUGUUCCCUUUGCCUUGGCUGAAAACGUUGGUGUGAAGAAUGUAAGGGUCACCACUCAAAUUUCCUAGAAACUCAUAGUCUAUCUCAUCCCAAGUUGCUCCUUUUGAAGAUAACUGCAAACAAAAGCAACGUUUUUAUCAACCCUGAAUCACAAUGUAUAAAAUGAAUAAUAUAAAAGGGAAAAACAAAGCCAACCCAUUAAUAUGUUAUUGUUAUUGUAUAAUAACAAAAUAACUUACAUAAUAGGCAGUGACAGUGCCAGCAGAGUUUCCUGGAACGAGCUUAAGCUGCAUGUCAAUCUUCCCAAAGAGAUAUUCGUUCUUGGAUUGGAAUCCUGAACCAGAUGCUUUGUCCAGUGAGAGAGUGAGUAACUCUCCAUUGUUAAGUAUCUUGGCGCGACCAUCUCCCCAAGUUAUGUCAAAGUCUUUGUUGAAGUCACCAGCAGAAGCAACCAUGAGAGAGCUAAUGAGAAGGGGCAUUAGAAGAAGCAUGUAAGAGACAAUUGAAGCCAUCUCUACUGUGAAUUGUUUGAAAACAGUGGUAGUGCA